CUGUUCGCGACGCGCGUAUCAUGCGGAUUUGAACUGGACUCAUCAUUUUUUUUUUUUACGUUUCUCGUUGGAACGGAUCGGAAGUUCCUCGUCGCUGGGAACUGAAACUAUCGGGCAAUUGGAUCGACGAGCAUCGAAGACACGCAAAAAUGGACGAAUUUAAGGCGACGAUCUUCUUGGUACUGUUGAGUUUAGCCGUGGCUAACGCCGACACCGCGGAGCUACCAAAGCCAAGCUAUGCUAGAACGAUGCUAAAAGUAUCUCGAAGCCUUCCGGGCGAGACCGAAGAGCUCAAAGUGCGGACCAGCGAAGGGAAUUUGGCUACUCUGAUCGUCAAGAGGCGAGACAAGACCUUGCUCGGGGAGUCCAAGAUCAGCGAAUCCUCGAACGCUCCACCGGUGACCCAGGAAAACAGACUCGAAGAAACGAACAACGAAAACCCUACGCCGUCAACCGUAAGCGAACCGGAAACGAUCAAGUACGAGGCGAAGAGCAAGGAAGAGGUCAGAAAGCUGGAGGAUGCUCAGAUAGAACGACUCAGGGCCAAGCUCUCGGACUCUGCCGAUCAGAAGAGUUCUUCGGGGGCGGAAAACGCUUCCACGAGCGUGAAGUUGGUGGUUUCCGGAAAGGAGCAGGCUGCCAGCGAGAAAAACAUCGAUUACGGAAACUGGACGCCUUUGGGAACCGACGGGCGAGCGGUACUGUUGCAGGAGUCGAGCACCGAGGAGUAUCAGAGCUGGAAACCGCUUCAAGGCGAUUCGAAGACAACCACGGAGGAGAGGACGAAUUACGCUAGAUUCGACCCCACGUUUCCUACCACUGGACUUCUCUUGCUGCGACAUUUCCAAGAUCGAUCGCAGAGGAACGUGCAGAUGAGCGACCGGUCGGACGAAAAGACUCGUUACGCCUUUCUGCCGCACCAGACUCGGUCCACGAGGACCAACAUCGGUGCAAACGCGUCGAAGAACAGAGACGCGAAGAACGUACCGCCUGAAGUGAUCAUCAGGUCGGAAAUAAACGUCAAGUCGGGUCCGAAGAGGUCGCCGAUGACGCUCGACAAGGAUGGCACGCCGGUGAUUCACGGGAAGAGAGUUCCCGACGAGCCUAUCGACAAAAUCCAAACGUGGCGCAACGCGAGGGUGAUCAAUAACAAAUUGAUACGCGAAGGAACAUCCACGGAGAGCUUAGAAGCCUCCGCGAGCACCUAUCCGACCGAGAGUUCCGGGGAGAGACAGAGAUUCGAAAGGUUCUUCAACACUGUUAAUCGAAGGUACGGCAAAGACUUUGACGCGGAGGGGAAGAACGUCUUUUUCGAGUGGGAUCCGAAGAACUAUAAAAACGAGGCCCUGAAAGCGGAAGUGUACGAGCCGAGGAACGACAACUACAGAGCCAGCGCGCACAAAAGGAUGCUGCAUCCCGACGGUGUAGCCGUUUAUCCAAUUUCUCAGCUGUACACCCCGGAGAGCCAGAAGAUCGCCCCGGUGGCGCUGAAACCAGGCGCCAGGGCUCCGGUUCUUCAGUACGCUCAUCCGGAAUUGGGCGUCCAACCAGCCAAGAUACUCAAGAACGAGAAGAAACGGCCGGAGAAUUUCCCGGAGAACCAGUAUUCGUUCACGGAGCAAAGACAGAAGAAAAAGUACGUUCUGAACGACAAGAACAUCAUCGACAGCUAUACGACGAAGAACUACUACCCGAAUCAGCGCUUCUAUGGCUUGAAAACGCCCAACGACGCGCCGUUUUGGGUUAAAAUAUCAGAGAACCUGAGGAGUCAGUUCUCGAACGGCGUGGAGAAGGUCUCUCAGUUUACGCGACCGGUGAUCGAUCCUCUGGUGGAGGCUACGCAUAAGAUUUCUCAGAACCUUGGUCUCUCUAAGGGCAAGGAGGCUCAAGAAAAGAUCGGCACCGUCGCUUCCGGCGGAAGCAUCCUGAUUCCAGCGUUGGGUCUCGUCGCGUCGGGUGCUGCACUAGGUAUCGGCGCCGUCGCGGUUGGCAGAUACCUCGACGUAGAUGUUUUGAAACGAUCGAACGACGAAAUCGGAACCGAAGUGGAGUACCAAAGAGCACUGAACGACGACCAGUCGUUUUCGAAGGACAUCGACGAUUCGAAUCGAGAAGAAACGAUCGGUAGAACGGUGUUCCUCCUGGAGAAUGUGCCAAAGAACGACGAUCACGUCGAGUCUCUCAACAAUCGGAACGAUGUCCUGGUCAUUCUCCAAGAAGAUCGGAAAACGGAAAACGGAGAGACCGACUCGCAAAUCGAGGAAGGAGAUCGUACGACGAUCGAUGGACGAAGAAAACGGAGUCUCGACUAUCUGGACAUCUUCCAAGUGGAGAGAAACUCGAAGAGUUUGGUCAGGAACAAGCGUCUUCAGAGGAAGGGGGCAGAUUCCAUGAGCGAGAUCGUGGAGAUCGAUCUACCAGCUCGCGGAGAAAAUAUCGAUGUGACGGAGUUACUCAUUCCGAGGAAGAAGACACGGGAACUGAGCGACGGCAAGAAAGAUGACGCGGCGGCGAUUCUGGUGGUUGAAGACGGAGUUUCGCCUGUGAAGCUUUUCGACAAGAAUCUGGACGCCGAGGUGCUCGACAAAAAUGACCUGGAGAGCCUGGUUAGGAUCGAGGGGGAUGCGAAUUCCGCGGAGGGAAGAGACGAGAGACGAAGACGAAGACGAAGGAGCGUCGACGAGGAUCGAGAGCUGGAGGAGGCUCUUCAGAAUUUGGAGAACGCCGAAGUGGCCGAGGUGACUCACGUAGAUGGGGAUUGGAGCAACACUCCGUGCGCCAAAAGGUUAUUCUGCGACGCUAUGGUUCAAAGAGGUUCGGACGCGGUCGUACUUAUGGAGAAGAAAAUGGCUGCCCUUUUGGGCUUAGUCCAGCCUGGAGUAGCUGGCCAGGUGUCCAACCACUUCCAACAAGUCAUGGAUGCCAUUCGAAGACACGAUUGUUCCAAUUUUCUGUGCCCCCAGGCUAGGCCGGGGAACGUCUUCUUCUAAAUUUGCGUCCAUUUCUGCUUAGAAGAAACCUUCCCUCGCGGAAAGCGGAACCGAUAAAUCGUUGAUUUCACGACCGGUGAAAGCAGAGAUCGGCUCGAAUCGUCUGAAAUUCCAACGAUUUUCAUCACUGUUCGAUUCGAUAGCAACGUCGACAUUAGCAAUUUUGAAGUUGGAAUGAUUUUUAUUCCCUUCGGUCGGGAUAUUACAAUUCUAGUUUAAUUAAGCUAAAGGAAUAAGUAACCGAGGAUCCUACGAAGAAAGUUUCCGGACAAACUUGCAAGGCGAAAGAAGGAACGGACUAUAGUUUAGUGCAAGUUGCAACAGCGAUUAGACAAAAACGAUUCGAAGAGACUUUUCAAGAAAUCGCGAAUUGGUCUUGGACCGAAACUGUACAUAUCAGCCACCGUAUUUAAUACGCACCUAAACUCAUAAUUUAAGAGACUAGAGUUUAAAGUUCAGA